GCCAAAUUCAUCCAACGGAUCCCGAAAUGCAAUGGAUGUCGUGGCGCUGCGCUUAGACCACCUCAAGGCGCGCGGAACGUACGUGGCGACGCUCAAGACGUGGUUCCAAGAGGCACAUCUCAAUGGAAGGUUAGUCAGUCGGGGUGAUUUGCAUCUCCUGAUAGCGGAAGGACCGUCCGAGGGGAUCGACACGCUGAUGGCUCGAUUCGAGACGGAGCCAAUCGACACGAAUGCCCGAGACGAGCGGUGUAUCGACAAAUUCUACGACGUGAUCGGGCGCGAGUCGCGUGUGACAGCACUCAUCAAGCCCGGGUUCACUGACAUGCAAUUAUUGAACGACACGAUGCUUGAGAAGUUGGUGCUGGACGAAUGGGGUGUGCCCAAGGAGUGGCUCUCCAGCGCAAGGGCGACUCCACGCAGCAAGCGUUUCCUUGCAUGGAAAGAACAAGCCAAGAACGCGCGCAAACAAGAGCGUCGACGCACAGCCCAAGUCCGCGACGUGGGCAAGCAGAAGCAGAGAGAAGCGAAGCGGCAAAAGUUAGAGAAGGCGGAAGGCAAGAGUAAUGUCGAAUAAAACCUGGCAGCGUUGUGGGCACAAAAUAGACUAAGAAGACUG